AUGGACGAUCUAGAUGAUAAGAUUCCCGUUCUCUGUGUGGGUCCUAAAGGAUCUGGAAAAACAACUUUAUUAAAGAAAUUACAAGACGCUGAAGGAAUAGAUUAUACAUACAGUCCAGUAGCAACGAUUGGAACAAAUAUUUACGAUCUGCAUUACUUCAAUAGACAUGGAAAAAAACAGGUGGUAACCAUACGAGAGGUAGGCGGUGAAAUGUCACAGCUUUGGCGUAAUUAUCUUGAAGGAAUUGGAAAGGUAAUAUUUGUAGUGGAUACAUCGAACUUAUGCCAAAUAUCUGCAGCAGCCGUGAUGUUGUACACAAUUCUCGCUGAACCAAAACUACAGCGAGCAAAGUUUAUUUUAGUUUUAAGCAAGAUGGACGCAGCGUACAGACAGAUGCGCAAUGAAGCGCUUUUAAUGCUUCAAUUUACUAGACUAAGUAAAGAACUGCGAAAUGCCCCUAUUCUACUAGAAGCUGCACCCUUGACGGGGAUUGGCUUGGACGAUCUUCGAUACCAGCUAACGGAUACAAAAACUAUUUCUAAAUAA